AGGCAAGAAAUUCACCCAGCAAAGAGGAAGGAAGGGAAAAGAGAGAGCCCAGCGCCGAUCCAGUAAAAUGCAACUUUCGGAGGUAGCGGCCCUCCUGGUCGCCCUCGUUGGGGUUUGUGUGUGGACGGAGGACGGCAGCAAAGUUAUUUCGGAUCGCUACGCGGUGUACUGGAACAAGACCAACCCUAGAUUCCACCAAGCGGAUUACACCGUGGAAGUCAGCAUCAACGAUUACCUGGACAUAUACUGCCCGCACUAUGAGAUCCCGUUUCCCAUGGACCAGAUGGAGAGAUACAUUUUGUACAUGGUCAACUACGAGGGUCACAGCUCCUGCGACCAUCGGCAGAACGGCUUCAAGCGCUGGGAAUGCAACCGGCCGGACUCCCCCAACGGCCCCCUUAAGUUCUCUGAAAAGUUCCAGCUCUUCACCCCUUUCUCCUUGGGCUUCGAAUUCAGGCCGGGACACGAGUAUUACUACAUCUCGGCCACUCCGCCUAAUCUGGUUGACAAGCCCUGCUUAAAGUUGAAAGUUUAUGUUCGACCAACAAAUGAUUCCCUCUAUGAAUCUCCAGAACCGAUAUUCACCAGCAAUAAUUCCUGCUGUAGCUUCACGGUCCCAGAUGCCUUCUUCGUGGUGGUGCCGGUGUUUUGGACUAUCCUUGCCUCCUAGCCCAGCGGGACAGCAGACGAGAAGCUUGGGUUUCUUACACAGCAGCAGCUGCAAGGACCAAGGGGGGACGAA